AUGAGAAAAAUAAAGUACUUAUCCAUAUUGUGGAAACACAAAAAAAUUAAUAUCUUUAAUCAUAAAAAUUAUUACACGAAUAAUUUAGCUCAAAAAUUUUUCCACAGUCAUAAAAACAAUCUAGAUAAUAAUAAUUAUAAUGGAACCAAUUUAAGUCAAAAGAAUAAAGUGAAGAAUGUUAAAUGUCCAAAAUGUAAUAGCAACAUUAGUACUGAUAUAGUAUCUUUUAAUUGUCAAGUGUGUAAGGCGUUAUUUAAUGUUGACAUUUUUAAAAAUUUUAACAUUUUUGAACUCUUCAAUAUAGAAGCAAACUACGAUAUUGAUAAAAAUCAUUUAAAAAAAAAGUUCAAUGAAAUUCAAAAUAUAUAUCAUCCAGAUAAAAAUGCCCAAAACGUAGAA